ACGUAUGCUUAAUGUAACUCUGACCCCUUUAACUUUUAACAUCGCUUCCCCUAAUUAAUCUGUUCAGGCCCCAGACUUAAAUGGCUGUCCGCAGCUGCUGCAAAUUGAUUUAUCCCCUGAUGGUGGUCCGACUUGCUGACCAAAGCAGGAUUUAUUUUUUUUUUCUCCCUACCCGUUUUUGGUCUGCUAAUCUGUUUUGACUUAUUUUCUCCUUCAAGCAGUACUCGCAUGCUUUUUGAAGGACUCAGAAAAUAUUUUCUUUUGACAUGUAGCUAGAAACAUAAUUAUUGUAUUUGUAAACACAAUAUGUUCGGGCUAAGGGUGAUUAUAAUUUAUUUAAUUAUACCCUCAUAGCCUCACAUUUCCUCUGUUUCUGCAUCCUGACGGAUGCAAUGGGAAGUUUAAAUGAGUAACUUUGUUAAGUGCAGUUUGAGGCAAGAUGGGAGAGAUGCUUUUAGAUGUGAGUUCUGUUGUGCAGGUCUUCUGCUCUGCUUUUCUCUGAGCGGUUUGGGUGAAGCUGGGUGGUAAGAGGACUGAAACUGAUUUCUGAUGGCUGUUAAAGCUGAUGCUUGACCUUUCCAUGGGAAGUCUGAAAACCUCAUGCCGUUUAUUCUGGGCUGAUUUCCUUAGGAAAUCCAAUACGAGCAGGGAACUUCCUUCAGCCUGGCUGAAUGCUAGGAAAGUUUCCGUCUUGUUUAUAUGGUCUGGUUUUAGCACGAGGCAUGUUUCUGGGGUUCCCCAUCAAUAGAAAUAAUACUAGGAAAAAGAUCUAAGCAUGGCAUGUUCCUAACGGUUCAGUAUAUGGAAACACAAAGUUGGCAAAGGCUUCAUUAGUUGUGAGACGAGCUGCAGGCUCCCUGUCAAAGCUUUCAGUGAAGAAGUAGUGCUGUGUUUGGUAACUGACAACUUUCUGAAGGUCACUUUUACCAGAUCUGAACCUGGGGGUAGAAUUGCUACCUUCAGUUCCUGCAUCGCUUUUCCUUUCCAUCACGGAAAACUCACAUCAUGCAACAGUGUGAAGGAAAGCCCAGUCCCCACCAAGACCCAGCACCCCAAAGUUUGCUGAUGCUGAGCUGAAGCCAGGCUGGGUGUGAGGGAGGUGGUGGGACACAGCGAGCUGUCGUGGGGCCGGUGGGAGCGGGCUGGAGAAGACAAGAACCAUUCUGUUUGUAAUGGAAUGCAGACAGCAGCGUUAGGUCACUGCUUCCUGGCAACUGCUGCACGAGUUGUUUUCCUUCAAAGGCUUUGAGCUUUUAAAUAGUUUCCAAAAUCUUUUCAAGUAAAACAUUGCCUUCUACCAUUUCUGACCACCUUAACGUUAACUCGUUUCUUGCCUAAAUAAUGGACCAGUAAAACAUCACACAGCGUCUCAUCUGUAUACACUUAACACUAUGUAUGCCUGCGCGCACAUGGAGUUCAGUGCCAGAAGUAUUGUUUGUAGAAUAAAGGGGAGAAAAACAGCUCCACCUGGAGUGCUGGCCAGUGGCUAGUCAGCUCAGAAUGUUCUUCCCUGUCAAAUCCUGUUUCUCACUUCUCUGAAAUGAACUUCAGCCGACAGGCGUUGAAUGCGAAGCUCGCUCCAUUGAGAUCGCACUGAGAAGCAUUCCACAAUGCCAGACUCACCUGUGGAUGUGAAGACACAAUCCAGGCUGACGCCUCCAACAAUGCCACCUCCUCCCACUACCCAAGGAGCUCCAAGAACGAGUUCAUUCACGCCCACAACGUUAACCAAUGGCACAAGCCAUUCACCAACAGCGUUAAAUGGAGCUCCAUCUCCUCCUAAUGGCUUUAGCAAUGGGCCGUCCUCUUCCUCUUCCUCUUCUCUGGCUAACCAGCAGUUACCGCCAGCUUGUGGAGCUAGGCAGCUCAGCAAACUGAAGAGAUUUCUUACAACCUUACAGCAGUUUGGCAAUGACAUUUCACCAGAGAUUGGGGAGAGAGUGCGUACCCUUGUGCUAGGACUUGUGAAUUCUACUUUGACAAUUGAAGAAUUUCAUUCCAAACUGCAAGAAGCUACUAACUUCCCACUGCGACCUUUUGUCAUCCCAUUUUUAAAGGCCAAUCUGCCCCUGCUGCAGCGGGAGCUGCUGCACUGUGCAAGGCUAGCCAAGCAGAACCCAGCCCAGUACCUCGCCCAGCACGAACAGCUGCUUCUGGAUGCCAGCACCACCUCACCUGUUGACUCCUCAGAGCUGCUUCUCGAUGUGAACGAAAACGGGAAGAGGCGAACUCCAGACAGAACCAAAGAAAACGGCUUUGACAGAGAGCCUUUGCACUCAGAGCAUCCAAGCAAGCGGCCCUGCACUAUUAGCCCAGGCCAGCGGUACAGUCCAAAUAAUGGCUUAUCUUAUCAGCCCAAUGGUCUGCCUCAUCCCACCCCACCUCCACCUCAGCAUUAUCGUUUGGAUGAUAUGGCCAUUGCCCACCACUACAGGGACUCAUACAGACACCCCAACCACAGGGACCUCAGGGACAGAAACAGACCUAUGGGGUUGCAUGG